CGCGGGGCAGCGGCUGCGGGGCCCGGCGCUGAGGGACCGCCGAGCUCGCCGGGCGCUGGGAGGACCCCGUCUGCAGGAUGUUCUCUCCACCAAAGAUCUCCUCGUGACCGCUGACCAUGACCAUCCCGGCGGCACCUCGGGAGGCACCAACGUUGCAGUAGCCCGGCUCGUCCCCCCGCCGCACACCGGGAUGCUGCACUGACCGAGGGCAGCCCCGCUUCUUUUCUCCUCUCCCCCUCAACUUUCAGCAGCUCUGGGAUUUGUAUGGCAGCAGCGUAACCGUGGAGAGGCCGGGGUAUCACAAACUUAUGGAUUUUGAUAAGAGAGGAGGGAAAGGGGAGCUGGAGGAAGGUAAAAGGAUGUCCAAGACGGGUGGAGGAAGGAGCAGCCAUGGAAGUCGGAGCGCCGGAACCAACUCGGGAGUCUUAAUGGUGGGUCCCAACUUCCGCGUCGGAAAGAAGAUCGGAUGCGGCAAUUUCGGGGAGCUCCGCCUAGGAAAGAACCUCUACACCAACGAAUACGUAGCGAUCAAAUUGGAGCCCAUCAAGUCCCGGGCCCCACAGCUGCACCUGGAAUAUCGCUUCUACAAGCAGCUCGGCAAUGCAGAAGGAAUUCCUCAGGUUUACUACUUCGGCCCCUGCGGGAAAUACAACGCCAUGGUGCUGGAGCUGCUGGGCCCCAGCCUGGAGGAUCUCUUUGAUCUGUGCGACCGCACCUUCACCCUCAAAACCGUCCUGAUGAUCGCCAUCCAGCUG